AUGGCGCCGAUGCCCGACGACGACAGCCCGCUCCUCUACACGGAGCGCAUUUCGCAAUUCGUCGCGCUCCCACCCGCGGCGCUCGCAACACCGCUCCCCGCCCUCUGCGCCUCGGUCCUCUCCCCACUGCUCCUCUCCUACCUGGCGCCCGCGCACGGCGUGGUGCUCGCGUACGAGGACGUCGCGCUCUCCUCGUCGCCGCCCGGCCCGACCAGCCCCGCCGCCUCGCAGCCCGCCACAGCGCCCGAGACGGUCAUGCUGCGCCACGUCGACGAAUACGCCAGCCCGUUCCUCUGGGUGACGGCGACGUUCCUCGUCUGGCGCCCCCGGCCCAACAGGUUCAUCACCGGCCGCGUCUCCCACCAGAGCAAAACGCACUUGACCCUCUCGUGCCUGAAUCUGUUCCCCGUCUCGAUCCUCGCGACGCACUUGCCGCAGGGCUGGACGUUUGCGCAGCGCGACGCAACGGCGGCGGCGGCGGCGGCAGCGGGGGCGAACGACGGACGGCUGGCGGACGAGGGGGGCGUGUGGGUGGAUCAGGAUGGGGAGGAGGUGGGUGGGGAUCUGAGGGUGCGGCUUUUGGAUUUCGAUGCCAGGACGGAUGGCAAGUCCAGGGGCAAGGGACUGCGGCUUGAGGCCAGCUUGUUGAGCGAGGACGAGGAGAAGAGGAGGAGGGAGAAGGGCAAGGCCAAGGGCAAGGCCAAGCGGGGGAUUCUCAAGGCGCAGGCUAGCCAGGAAGCGGAUGUUGAGUAG